AUGUCGACAAGUUCAAAGGCUGCUGUUUCGGGAAUGUUUCUUUUGGGUGGUUUUGUUGUUGUUGCAAGUGGAUUGCGGAUAUAUUUCGUGUUGAAAUUGGACACUUUGGAUAUGACAUGGACUUAUGUCGGUCUUGCUCUUUGGAGCGCUGUUGAAAUAGAUGUAGCAAUCAUUAGUGCCUGCUUGCCAACACUUCGUCCCGUGGUAACCUAUCUUGUACCAUCAAUUUUAAGGAGUAAAAAUCCUGGUACCGAACCUAUGAAAGAAUCAAAAGAAUCCGUAUAA